UUCAUCAAAGCAUUUUCUUCCAUCGUCGCUUUCUUCUGCUGUCCCACCGCCAAGCACGGCGUCGAUCGAGGAGAGCGGCGGAGAGGACGAGAGAGAGAGAGAGAGAGAGAGAGAGAGAGAGAGAGAGAGAGAGAGUGUGUGUGUAGAGAAACGUAGAAGAGGAAAGCCCUUGCCUGUGAAGCCACAAUGAAGAAGCGAGCUUCUGUCGGUCUUCUCGCGUUCCUGACGGCUUUGGUAGUCCUCGCCUUCAUCACUACGAAGAUCCAGCAUGAUCAUCUCAAGGUGACUGAAAGGAUCCGCCCGCAGGCGGUGGUACAGAAGCAGUUCAGGACCAGCAUCACAGCUCUUCCGCGUGGCAUUGUGGAAUCAACCACCGACAUGGAGAUGAAGCCUCUUUGGAACGUCUCUAAUUCCAAAGGUACUAAUGUAAAUUUUGCGGGUUUAUUGGCAAUUGCUGUUGGUAUAUCACAAAAACAAAAUGUAGACAAGAUGGUUCGUAAGUUUUUAAUAGAUAAUUGUUCCAUUAUACUUUUUCAUUAUGAUGGAAAUGUGGAUGGUUGGCACGACCUUGAAUGGACUGACAAAGCAAUCCACAUACUCGCACAAAACCAAACAAAGUGGUGGUUUGCGAAGCGUUUUCUACAUCCAGAUGUGGUAGCUUUAUAUGAUUAUAUCUUUCUCUGGGAUGAAGAUAUAGGAGUUGAUUAUUUUAAUCCUGGAAGGUAUAUGCGAAUAAUUUUUUCUGAAGGAUUGGAGAUUUCACAACCCGCUGUUGAUCCAGAACUAUCAUCCGACAUUCACCAUCGAAUUACAGUCCGAAAUAGAAAGACAAAAGUUCAUAGAAGGGUGUAUUUUUGCGGAAGUGUAAAUUGCUCAGAUGAAAGCAAAGGACCUCCUUGCACUGGAUGGGUUGAGGGUAUGGUUCCCGUAUUUUCCAGGUCUGCAUGGCGAUGUGUGUGGCAUCUUAUCCAGAAUGACCUGAUACAUGGUUGGGGUUUGGACAUGAAACUUGGAUAUUGCGCUCAGGGGGAUCGAACCAAAAACGUUGGAGUAAUUGAUUCUGAGUUCAUCAUUCAUCAGGGAAUACCAUCCUUAGGUGGAGUACAUGCCAAAAAGGCAACAGCGCAAAAAUCGUUGGAUUCAAGAUCCCGGAUUAGAAGACAGUCAACAGCAGAGUUGGAGCAAUUCAAUGAAAGGUGGAAUAGAGCGGUUGAGGAGGACACGGAUUGGACUGAUCCUUUUGAUUUCCAGAAAAGAUAACGCGGAGCAAAUGCUUCCUUUAGAAUGAUUAAAUUUCACAGGGGCAAUAUUACAUAUUUGUUCCUUGGUUGGCUGUUUUGGUGGCAUUUAAAUGUUCUCUAAAUCCUAGUAAGCCAGUUAUUCUCCCGAGGUUGCCUGCAUGUCCUGCCUGCGAAUGCACUCGGAUUUUGGAACCCCCAGCAAUGAAAUGUUGAUAUUCCUAAAAGCUUGAAAGGCAUUCCAUUUCUACUUGAGAUAUAUAGCUCAUUUAACUUAGUAUUAUUGUAGUUUUUAUUUAUUUAUUUAUUUUGUAUUUUUGUAUUAUCUAUGUUCAGAUAUUAUUUUUAUUUAGAUGAAGGAAUUUUG